UAAAAUAUCUCAAGUCCCAUGUUUGAGUUGCAUUACUACCUUCUUCCUGUCUCUUUUUCAUUUCUCCUCCUUCGAAAUAAAUGCCAAAUACAUUAUCAGGUUUGGCCGACAGUCUGGAAACAAACAUAGGCAAUUUGGCCCGUGCUGCCACAACACGUCAUAGCAACAGCAAUGCCUCUGUGGGACGCACAAACGGUAGCAUGGCCUCUUUACCUAUACCACAGCCGCCUCAACAUACAAAUGUUCCCAGUUUGGACCAACAGCAAAUCCACCGCAUGUCAGCCGAGUAUUCUCAUAGCGCUCCUAAUCAUUCUUCGCAUCUGCAAGGAAUCAAUCCUACAAACAGUGGGUCUCUUCAUAAUAGUAGCUCAUUGUCCAAUCUAGCUCAUCGUCGCAAUUCACAAGUCAACCUAAGUCCUUUAGAUGGACCUUCCAACAAUAUAAUUAUAGAGUUUGAAGGAGGAAACCACGUUAUUGUUAGACCUAACCGUAUCAUUCGAGGCAAGGUUACUCUGACAGUGGUUGAACGCAUUUAUGUCACUAGAGUUCGAAUCAAGUUUCGCGCUGAGGAAAUUGCAUUGGUUAAAAUUGAUGAAGGAGGAGAUAAUAAAAGUGGAGACCGCUUGCAUGAAACUAUCACCACAUUUUUUGAAACGGAUUGGAAGUUAUGGGGUAAUAGUAAUGAAGCCUAUUCACAGGCUGCAUGGGAUGAAUUGAAGCCGGGCAAAUAUGAAUUUCCAUUCGCCUUAAAGUUUCCCAAUGUCAAUUACCCACCGUCAAUGGAAGAACCUAAGGGAUUCAGUAUCAGAUAUGCAUGGACUGCACAAGUAGACGGCCCAGCUUUACAAACUGGACUAAAAAGUAGAGAAUAUCUCACACCAUAUAGACCGAUAAUUGUGUCUACACCAGACCGUCAAUGGGAUUACAAAACAAAAUUAUUGAAAGAUAGAAAGACAGUAGUUGCUGAAGUGGAAGGAAAACUACUUAAACAAUCUUACUGCCCUGAUGAGCCGUUUUUAAUGAGUCUCAAUAUCAAUUUAUGUCAGCCAGAUUCUCGAAUUACAAACGUGAUAUUCAAAUUUAGGAAACACCAUGAGGGUAAAAUGCUAGUGCAGAAGGGCACAGCCUUUAAAGAACACAUUCGAAUCGUGUUACAAGGACAAAUACCUGUAACGAGCAGCGAAACGACCUUCCAAGAGGAUAUCGCAUUUGAUAUUCCUACGCGACUUGUUUCUCCAUCAUUCAUCUCCCAUCAUACUAGAGUCUAUUACGAUAUAUAUUUCCAGGUUUUCAUAGAACACGGGGGGUUCAUAAAGACGACUCAUACAUACGAUUUUGCUGUGCCUAUCACCGUCGCGAAUUUACCUUACGAUCAACUUUUACGAAUUCCAGGCUUGACGUCUAUUGCCUUUUACAAAAAUAACAAAGAGUUACCGUUAUUCUUUGAUCCCACAUUAGACGAACCGCCAGAACAAACCGCAUUACCUAGUGAGUUGAUGGGGUCAAUUCAAGCAGCUUUGUUAACAUCAACACCGCGGGACGAUCCACCAAACUACUUUAGCAUUCCAACAAUACCUGCGCAAAUAGAAAUACGCAAAGAGCGUAAAGAGAAAAUAAUUUAUCUAACACGUGUGGCAAGGAGUAACACUCUUCCUGAGUUGUCAGAAGCCUUGGUGAUUCCUGGACUGUUUGAUGAGAGCUGGUAGAACACUUUACUCAUUCCAUUUAUUGCUGAAAACUUAUAGCAAAUCAACUAAUUCAAAAGCCUACUCUUUAUGAUUUACCUAUGUAUAUACAUAUAUAUAAUUCUCUAUUUGCAAUUCAACCCCUAAGUAUUUAUAGCCCAGUCAUCGAUAUUUGCAAAUGGAAUUCGACUGGUCGUAGAUCAAAAAAUGCGUCUGAUGAUCCCUUCAUUUUAUGUAACUAUAGCUUAGUAAACUCAGUGCGCUAAAUGACCUUGAAUGAUGAAGUUGUAAAAAGUUGUAAAAAGUUGUAAAAAGUUGUAAAAAGUUGUAAAAA